AUUGUUAUGAAUGAGUAACAAAAUGAAACACUUUGUCCCUAUUUUCAUUCCAUUAAAUUUCCUUUUAAUUUCGUAACAUUGUGAAUCUUGUCACUUCAUGAUGGACAUUUUUAAUUAUUUUUUAGCUUUCUUCAUUUUGUUUAUGACUGCAAUAGAAGUCUGUCAAUCUACGACUACCGGACCACCUUCAAGUUCUACAAACACAUCAGCUGUUACCACUGCAAAACUCUCAACAUCAGAAGACUCCGGGAAUGACCUCGUUGGGAUUUAUGUCUCCUUCCCUAUUGUGAUAGUGUUGGCUGUUGCUGGUGGAGCUCUUACCGCUGUCUUCAUCGUGAGGAGAAGACAAAUUGCUGAUAUUCAACAUAAUGGUAAAACAAAAAGGACAGGUAAGGUCUUUUGGCGCGUAUACGAUGGUGCAGAAAAUAAACCAAAAGAUUUUAUGAGAUUAAAAGCCGGUGCAAGAGCUAGACUAGUUGAAGUUGCAAAGCCAAGUACAAAUGAUUAUUAUUCAGAAAUAUCACCAUAUAGUACUCAGUCGAUGAUACUCCCCGAGGAUUGGUAUAGUUCGGUUUAUAUUGAUAUCCCAGCUACAGGCAAUUCAAAUUCUGAUAACAAUAGCUACGAUACAGUCAGACAAAGUGUAAACUCAAAUACGGGAAACAUUACGAGCGAAAACAGACCAGCAUACGAUCACGUGAUGAUUGCGAAUGAUGCUUUUACAACUCCAAAAAGAAAAGAUGGCUAUUCUCACUUGAAUUUACCAAAAUUUGAAACCAACAAAGAGAAUCGGUUUAAAGUUGUAGAAGACAAACAUUCGAAUAAGGAUGCUCCUCGAAAAGCUGCUCCUGAUCUCUGUGACAGUAAGGAACAUGAAUAUUAUGUUCUUGACCCGGAUGGUAAUCUUUACAUUGUUCACGAGUGCAAUGCGACAAUGUAAUAUGUUGUUUAAAAGCGCAUUGGUUUGUUUAACUGAUUGUGAUUUAGAUAUUAAGGUGAAAGAAAUUCCAGACUGCCAUUACAUUUUUGUAAUAUAGGGGUUACUUUUGUCGGCGGCGUCGGCGGUGUCGGCGUCGUGUCGUUGACCGGUAUUCUGCUCUUCUUAAUUUCCUUAGUAAAUUUUCAUACUUUAAUUUUGUCCUGGCCAUUUCUCUUCAACUAUAAAAGCUAUGGACUUGAAACUUCAUAGGAUGAUAGAUCUCAUUAAGAAGAAGUGCAGUGCACAGGAACCGAUACUCUGCACUUCCUAAUGUUUGAGUUAUUAUCCUUUGUUAAUUUUCAUACUUUAUUUUUGCCCGGGCCAUUUUUCCUUAUGUAUAAAAGCUAUGGACUUGAAACUUCCUAGGAUGAUAGAUCUCAUUAAGAAGAAGUGCAGUGCACAAGGACCGGUACUCUGCAUUUAUUAUUUUCUGAGUUAUUGCCCUUUAUUAAUUUUCAUACUUUAUUUUUGUCCGGGCCAUUUCUCCGAAAAAAUAAACGCUAUGGACUUGAUACUUCAUAGGAUGAUUAAGAGAAAGUGCAGUGCAAAAGAAUCGGUACUUUGCAUUUCUUAUUUUUUUGAGUGAUUGCCCUUUGUUAAUUCCCAUACUAUAUUUUUGUCCAGGUCAUUUCUCCUCAAGUAUGAAAGCUAUGGACAUGAAACUUCAUAGGAUGAUAGAUCUCAUUAAGAAAAAUUGCAAUGUACAGGAACCAGUACUCUGCAUUUCUUAAUUUUUGAGUUAAUACCCUUUAUUAAUUUUCAUACUUUAUUUUUUCCAGGCCAUUUCUCAUAAGUUAAAAGUUAGAUAUGGACUUGAAUCUUCAUAGAAUGAUAGAUCUUAUUGAUAAGAAGUGCAGUGCACAGAAUCUGCUGCUCUGCACUUAUUAUUGUUUGAGUUAUUGCCCUUUGUUAAUUUUCAUAUUUCAUUUUUGUCCUGGCCAUUUCAACUAAACUAUAUUGUUCAAAAGGCGACUCGCGGAGUUCUAGUUUCAUAUACUCUUCUGAACAGUUCACACAAUUGAUGAAUAUAAAGGCAUUUACUUUAGCAAAAUGUUUAUACUAAGGCAAUAUUCCAAAAUAAUUUAUAAAGAGUGUUGGUGAAACUCAAUUGUCCUAUGAUACAUUGCAACAUUUUUGUUGUGGUGGUCAUUACAAAAGGUGACUUUGCAAUAUUUACAUUUACGUGAUAAUUACUCAUGUUAGAUCUGAGUUAAUUGAAAGAUUUAUGACUCAGAAACGGACAAAUCACUUAAUGCUUCGAAUAUUGUUUUAUUUUAAGAAGCGCCUGUAACUAGUUUCGUUCAGUAUCGUACUUUGUUGAUAAUAGGAAGAUUGGUCUCUGUUUGUCAUUGUAUUCUAUGAAAAUAUGAUGUUACUGUACAAAUAGAUGUAUUUCAUAAUUUUA